UUGGUAAGACUAGACCCCACUCACCCCACUCACAAGGGGCGCGCAACCAGAGCGUUCAAGCUUGAUAGUGGUACAAAUGGCACGAUAGAAAUACUGAUAUUGAACGGCACGGCUGAACUCUGCCCAAAGGAGACAUUGAUGGUAUGUGGGAGAAAGCGACUAGACUGUAUCACGCCCGCGGAGGGCGAGGAGGAUGGAGCAGGUGGAGUUAAAUGGGCAAAAUCUCAGUAA